UCUCUGAGUGCAGUAAAAUGGCAGAAGCUAGUAUUUCAGUUGAUCCGGGGCAUUUAAAUUGUUCAAUCUGUCUGAAUCUACUGAAGAAUCCAGUGACAACUCCAUGUGGACACAGUUUCUGUAUGGUAUGUAUUAAUGGGUUCUGGGAUACAGAAGCUCAAAAGAAAGUCUACAGCUGUCCACAAUGCAGAGAGACUUUUGCUCCAAGGCCUGACCUUCGCAAAAACAAUGUGCUGACUGAGAUUAUUGACCUACUUCAGGAGAAUGAGCAGCAAACGUCUUUUGCUCAAGCUUUAAACAUUAUUUCCCUUGAAGCUCAGGAUGUGGAGUGUGAUUCUUGCAUUGGUGUCAAAGUAAAAGCUGUGAAGUCCUGCCUGACAUGCCUGGCUUCAUACUGCGAUACACAUGUUCAUGCUCAUCAUGAAUCUCCUGCUUUCAAGAACCACAGGCUUAUCACAGCCCUGAGUAACCUCCAGGAGAAAACAUGUGCUCAACAUAACAAGCUUCUUGAAAUUUUCUGCCACAAGGAUCAGAGAGUGAUUUGCUACCAGUGUUCGAUGGAAAAACACAGAGAUCAUGAUACAGCUCCAGUUCAAGAUGUGUGGAUGGAAAAAAAGAAGUCCAUUGGGGAUCUACAACAAAAAUAUCAGGAUAGACUUGAGAAAAGAGAGAAGACAUUGCUGGAGCUAAAUGAUGUGAUAGAGGCUUACAAGCUGUCUGCACAGGAAGCAGUGGAGGAAAGUGAAAGAAUCUUCACUGAGCUGCUCCUUUCCAUUGAGAAAAGACGAUCUAAGGUGACCGAACUGAUCAGAGCUCAGGAGAAAACUGAACUUGCUCAAACUGCAAAAGUACGAGAACAGCUGGAGCAGGAGAUUACUGAUCUAAAGAGAAGACAAGCUGAGCUGAAAAAGUUGUCACAGACCGACGGAUAUGUCCAUUUCCUCCAGAGAUUUCAGUUCCUGAGUCCUGAGUUGGAAAGUGCUGACACUUUUAAGGUUGCUUUCAAUCACGAGUUGUCAUUUGAAAAUUUUAAGAAAUCUAUCAUCCAACUAAAGAAGGAAGUGGACGACUUCUGCAAGGAAAAGGUUGAGGAAGUUUCUGAAAAUGCAAUGAUAUUUGACCAGAUCAUUAUAAUACCUGAGCCAGAGACAAGGGAGGAAUUCCUGAAGUAUUCUUGUGAGCUAUCUCUUGAUCCCAACACAGCACAUUAUUACCUCGGGCUGUCAAAUGAUAACACACACAUAACAUGUGGUAAUAAACACUAUGAUUACCCUGAUCACCUUGAGAGAUUUACAAACUGGCAACAAGUGCUUAGUAUGCAGAGUCUGCCCCUGCGUAGUUACUGGGAGGUUGAGGUAGAUGGUCACAAUGGAGUUUCCAUUGCUGUGUCUUAUAAAGGCAUCAAUAGAAAAGGAGCAACUGAAAAAGAGAGUCGUUUUGGACACAAUGCCCAGUCAUGGAGAUUAGUUCGAUAUCCAAAAAAAUACUUUUUCUGGCAAAAUGAUGCCAAGACUGACGUCUCUGGUCCAGUAUCCAAAAGAAUUGGGGUCUAUCUUGAUCAAAAAGCAGGAACUCUGUCCUUCUACAGUGUUUCUAAUAAAAUGACCCUAAUUCAUAAAGUGACAACUGAAUUCACUCAGCCCCUGUAUGCUGGGUUUGGGAUAGGUACUGGCUCCUCUGCAAAGAUUUGCCUUCAGGUCUCGGCAGCUACAACUGCUGCUGCUGCUGUUGAGUCUUUGAAGAAAAAAUGAGUUGUGGUGGUAGAUUUAAAGGAAUACGCCACCCCCAAGUGAAAUUGAGUCAGUCCCUGCAGUCCCUAGAGUUGGGUGAGUGAGCCAAAGCGUUUUGUAGCCGACCCAGCCAUUGUCCUGAUCUGGAAACGUCCCGGUUAGCUUUAGCUUAGCGUUGUCGCUGUAAUCUGGCGUGUCCAGCUAGCAUUGUCGUUGCAAAAGUGAAUCAAAUAACUCAAGAUUUUUUAUAAUUAUUUCUCAUGACCUGUACAUUCACAUCGAGUACACAUAUCAAUGCAAAUUAACACGAAGGGAUUUACUAGACCAAUUUAGA